UAUUAGUUCUUUUAUUUUGAUAACAGAAGAGUCCUCUGAUUCAUCAAACAAAUUUAGAAACCUCCAAACAGUUCCCAAGUCCCAAUUCCUCCUCUGCAUGUUCCCCCAAUCUCUUCGCCGCCACAAAAAAAAUCGAUUUUCAAUCUUUUCCAUCUCUCUUCAAUUUCUGCUCUUCCAAAGAGAAUGGAAUUAGCAGAUCGAGCGGUUGGGUUCCUUUUAUCUUUUAUCAGCUUAUCCAUAUUCACAUAUUAUACGUUUUGGGUCAUCAUCCUGCCAUUUGUGGACAGUGAUAAUUUUAUCCACAACUAUUUCCUACCCCAGGAAUAUGCCAUACUGAUUCCUGUGUGUGCUGGUGUUGUGCUUCUUUGCCUCCUCUGCAUGUUUAUUGGGUUCGUGAUGCUCAAAUCCAAGAAGAAGAUGGCUUGAAGCUUGAUCCUGCUUUACCUUUUUGUUCUCACAACAUGCCAAGGGUAUAGGCAUAGCCUUUCCUUGUGUUUUUCCCUACAAUUCAGAUUAAAAUGUCAGUUUUGAGAUCAGAAUUGUGUGCAAGAUAUUAUCAUCUCUAGCAAAAUAUAUGCUGCAUACUUCUAGCUUAUCAUACUUUGUUAAGAUUGUUGCACUAUAGGACUACUGUUUAAUAGAUACCUGUUAUAGAGGACUCAGUGUUUUUUCUUUC